AUGACUGAUUCUCAACGUAACAUGAGAGAGUUUUUAAUUGAUUUAUUUCAUCCAACAGAAAUUGUACAUAACGCUGAUGUUUAUUCAUUUGAUCAUGAACAAUUUCAGAUGGAUGUUAUCUACGGGAAAGAAGAAAGUUUUGAUAAUUCAUUAGUAAAUUUAUCUUAUUCUGACUUAGGUGGAUUUGUUGGAAAUAUUUGUAAUAAAAUUGGUUUGAAAUAUGGUCAACAAGGUUUAUGGAUGAACAUAUGCGCAGAAGAAUUCAAUCAUUCCACAUCAUCGGCUGAAUUAUUCUUAUCGAACAAUGUCAAACAAAUAUUUGACUUUCUAGGUUAUGAUUAUCAAACAUAUAUAAACGGAUUUGAUAAUGAAACUGACUUUUUUGCGUGGAUUAAAUCGACAAAAUACUUUAAACGAAAAUAUUUCGAUAAUCAACAAAAGCAUCGCAAUCGAAUGGCUGUAAGAAAACGACAGAUUUAUUUCAAUUUUCUUCAAUAUUUGAAUCAACAACAAGAAGUUGAACACGAAUGUGAUGAUAAUUGCAAUGGCGACGAAGAACGAAUGGAAACUCGACAGCAUGCACUUGAAUAUUUUAAUAAACAAGCAGAAUACAAUUAUCAGUUGAAACUGCUUUCAGAUAAAAAGGCAUUCAAAGAAAAAUAUUCUGGUAAAUCUUUUUAUACUUUAGUACCUCAACACAUGAUUAAUGUACAUAUGAACAAUUUUCAAAAACAGUUUGGUGAUGAUGAACAAUUCCAGCAAUGGGUCCUUCAUAACGAUCGUAAAACAAUUGAAGAUAAAAUUCAGACUUAUAUUGAAAAUUUCAAAAAUUACUCAAAUGUCGGAGCGCUCAAGUGUCGGUCGCUCAAGUGUCGGUCGCUCAAGUGUCGGUCGCUCAAGUGUCGGGGUCGCUCAACUGUCGGUCGCUCAAGUGUCGGUCGCUCAAAUGUCGGUCGCUCAGAUGUCAGUCGCUCAAAUGUCGGGGCGCUCAAGUGUCGGCGCUCAAAUGUCGGCGCUCAAAUGUCGGGCGCUCAAACGUCGGUUAAUCUACAAUUAUAUAUGAAUGUAUAA